AUGAAGGAGAAUAAGUGCUUCCCACCGGGCACUCAGGGUCUUCGUGAAGAAUUAGAUCUCUAUUUUCAACUUUGCUCUUUGGAAACUAACUGUGAUACAGCAGCUGUGAUGGCGGCCACCCUAGCAAAUGGAGGUGUUUGUCCGCUUACUGAUGAGCUUUGCAUUCAUCCACGUCCAUGUCGAGACGUCCUCUCACUCAUGUACUCCUGUGGAAUGUACGAUUUCUCUGGGAAAUUUGCCUUCCAGGUCGGUUUGCCGGCGAAAUCUGGCGUUUCUGGAGUGAUGAUCGUUGUUGUUCCAAAUCUAAUGGGUAUCGCUCUUUACUCGCCACCACUGGACAGGUUGGGUAAUUCAGCACGUGGAGUUGCCUUCUGUCAGAAGCUGAUUGAAUCGUUCAACUUCCACAACUAUGACAGUCUGUUACACGCCGAUUCAAAGAAACACGAUCCUCGACGGAGGAUCGGCAAUCGAGACACCGAAAUCGUCGUCUCGCUGCUUUUCGCUGCCAAAUAUGGCGAUUUUGAUGUCGUGCGAAGGUUGGUGGCAACAUUUCAAUCUAACUGCUGGUUU